AUCAUCACUGAAUCAUACCGAUCGGGGGAACAACCACAGGGAACGUCAUAUAACCAACUAAUUAUGAAGAACAUGACGGGUAAAUGGAAGCAAUGCAAGGCAGAAAACUUAGAAGUUUUGUUGAAAAAGAUGGGAGUCGGCAAGCUACAUCGAGAGAUAAUUUCGAAGGUAAUUCCUUCCUUGGAAAUAUACCAAGAUGGCGACCACUUCAUUAUACGUACUGUGACGAAAUUCCGAGACGUUGAACUGAACUUCACCGUCGGAGAAUGUUUCAUCGACACUACGUUGUCAGGAGAAAAUAGGAAAGCGGUUGCACGCUGGGAACAUGGAGGUCAGAGACUGGUUGUGACUGAGUUUGACGACAAAGAUGGCAAACAACAAACCCAAAGAGAACUCGCGAGUGAAAACGAGCUCUUAGUUACACUACUCUACCGCGGUGUUACUGCCAAACGAUACUUCACAAGAGUAAAACAACACUGACUUUGUUCGCCACACCAGUGAAAAUGGGUGUUCGACAGACCACGGCUUGUUUUAGUAACCGUAUACAGACAGCAAGACUGUUACGCUCGGUUUAUUGAAAUAAUGCUCGGAGACUGGAUGUACGCUAUUCAACAGUAGGUCACAUAAUGCAGUUCGAUAAUUGCAGUGUUGUUUCCGGCGUUAAUUACUAAUCGACUGUAACCAAGUCAAAGAAGCCUGUCAAUCACCGCGAAACACGCCAUCGUACACAGUACAACGAUAUAAGACAUUGAGGUUGCAAUUAUAUUUAAUCAUACAUAUUUUAAUACUUUUUUGUAAGAUAAAAUAUUAGCUUUCAUGCCAUAAAUUUACCACUAUUCCUUUCAAUUAAUACAUAAUCAAUCCUCCGACAUACACACAAAAUGCUGCUACACUAAUAUAAUACAUUUGAAUAUCAAUGCGAAUUUUUAAUAUAACUCACUAGCUGUUGUAAUGGCGACAGUGUACAUCAAGUACGUCAUCACCAUCAUCAUUGUAUUGUUAUAUAUCUAUUGUUAUCAGACAUUUGUACCCGCAAUAUAUCUGGUGCUAUCAUUCUAUUUUUAUCGUCCUUGUUCAGAUGGUGCCCUUUGCUAUCUAUAGUGUCUCAUUGGCCGUUGAAAAGAUGUUGACAGAUUUAUGACAUUCUAACAAAGUUGUUUUUAAUUGGUAUGAAACAGAAUAAAAUUAUCUGUUUUUCCA